AUGAUCGAGCAGAACAAACGCACGCACCCGGAGCCCCGAGCAGCGCACCGCAGGAUCCCUCGCAUCGGCGUGCUCCUCCUCGCCGGCCCGCCCCGUCCACCGCCUGCGCCACAGCUCGGUGGAAAAGCCGGGGGAACCAGGAGAACCAGGAGAACUGAACCAUUGCACAAUGUUGGCUUCUUUGCGCAUCGACAGGAAGAAGCGGGCAACUGCGGCAAUGAGCAAGAAAGCAGGGCAGCAGCCCUCAAAGCCCGUGGCGACAAAGACGAAGCCGACGCCCUUGCCUUCAUCAUGCAAGUCAAGGCAGAGGUGGAGAGGUGCCUGGCGGCAGGCAUGAGCAAGGAGCAGAUGUUCCGAGAGCUUCGCGAGAAAGGAUCACACCCGGCGGCCACGUAUGCUGUUUACAAGGAGCUUCGUCACCAGAACAAAGAUUUCUUCAAAGAGCACUACGUCAAGAUGGAUGUGAGGAAGCAGGCCGAGCGGCUCAAACUUCUUGUGCAUCAGUACCGAACGGUUCGUGACGCGCCUGCCGGGCCAAGAGCUCCAGGAACAGAGACACAGCAAACCGCCAUGGCCAUCCCGCCAGAUGACAUGGGAUUGCUGGACGACUGGACCGUGCUGUCUGGGCUGAACGGUGAUCCUCAGUCUGCGGCCACCUCUGCGCAGUUACCCACUGCACAGCCGCUUGAUCAGAGAGAGCAGCCGGUUCCCAACGGCGGGAACCAACGGGUACCGGUGCCAUCGGCAGCUUGUACUACUUCUGAUGGUGCCAUGGCGGUAUCCUAUCCUUGGGUGUGCACCGACAACGUUGGAACAAUGGGGUGGCAGGGCGAGCAAGCUGUUCCUCUGCAGCAUUGGUGGCCUCGUUCAGGUGGAUGCGUCCUUCCACCAAAGGGCUGGCAACCUCCAUCUUCUGGUGAUAGACUACCAGAGAACGGUAGCCACCUCGCCGGUGCUGCUCCAUUGCACAGCCAGCAAGCUGAGCCGUCCUGGCGGCCUGGUACGCAGCCACACUUACAAUUGGACAGCCUACAGUCGUACGGGAAUUUUCUAGCUCAUGUCACCUCAUGGCACGGUGAGCAAGCUCAUGAACCCCUGCAUCAAUGGCAGGCUGCUAGGCAACCAUAGACGCCAAAUGAGUUUCUACGAGAGUAUCAGAAUCUUGAUGGUCAUGCCGGUCCGGAGUAACAUCCUUGGUUAUGUAAAACUUGCUAGACAGAUUUAUGUACUACAAAUCCUGCUUGUUGGAGAGAUAGUAACAAACGGAAAUUAGUUAUUUGUGUUUUGUGUACCUUAGAAUACUUGAAUUUUCAUCGAUGUGUACUACUAAGUUAACCAUUGCAUCGAGUAGUAUAUAUCAAUGUUCAAGAUCACAGAAUUAGAAAUUA